UAAUAUGAGAAGAAAAUGACGUCGCUGAUUCAGAGGGACUUCGGAUCCCAAAGAAAAAGGGAAUCUACCAGUAGCACAACAUCCAACUAUUUAUUGCUGCUUAAUUCCCUGGCGACCGAUUUGGACUGCAUGCUGAGCGAGCUCUGCACGACCUCGGAUUCCUACGAACGGAGCGAUGUCUUCCUGGAACCGUACCUGCAGCAGCACGGCACCGUUCAGGUGGUCAGCUCGCCGAGCACCCCGCCGCCGAAUCCGCUGCAGCACCAUCAACUUACGCAGCUACAUCAUGUACAGAGCGAAGAAUCGCUUUCAUCAGAAGAAUCGGCUACUUCGGGAGGAUCUUCAAGAUCCACUGAAGAUUCUGGCAGCGAAGUGGCUUGCGAUAUUACUCUAAUCGAAAGACUCAUACGCUCUCACCCGAUCUGGUUCUUACCGGGUAUUCAGAGAGCCGGGGCCUUUCACUUGUUGCAGGGCAAAGAAGAGGGGAAUUUCGUAGUACGACAAUCGAGCCAAAGCGAUACAAUGGCUCUUUCAGUGAGAUUACCUGCCGGGAAGGGACCUUACAUUGAGCACUACCUGAUUCAGGCCAACAAGGGCAAGUUGAGCUUGGAAACGAGCGAGAACAGGUUCGACAAUAUCCCCUCACUGAUUGCCCACUACUCACAGUGCUGUGACGAACUGCCAGUACAAUUGACUUUACCGAGAGCGAUGAGGGAGGCGAAAAAUAGGCAACAAUUAUCCUCUCUGGCGUUGCUGGGUCAGGAGUUCUGGCGGUAUCCCAUGGCAAAUCCAAAGCCACCGGAAAGCAGCAGCAGUAAUACCUCUAGUCUAAGCAGUUUUCAUGGGGGUAACAAUAAUCACAAUAAUAACAAUAAUAAUAAUAAUAAUGUGGAUACACCGACUACGGAGAGUAUAGUCCUUAAUCUGGCUCCAAUAUCAUCUCACAAUACACAUACCUCCUCUCCGACGAAUACUGUUAACGCGAACAUCUCAACAUUUGCAUCAUCGUUGCCGCGUCAGCCGCGUCCAACUCCACCAAAUACUCUCAAUCUGACAACCUUCAACGAACCAUUGAAUGAUACCAAAAGGGAUCGGGUCUCAUCACCAAGUGACAAACUUUCUCAUAAAUUAAUCUCACCAAAUCUCGUGCAAAGCGUGCGAUGUCCAUCGCCGGUGGUCCACAAUGUGGAGAACAAUGUUCUGAGUCCUGUUCAGGAUGUGAGGAGUUUCGACACUUUAAAAAACGGUCUGGACACGCCAAAGUUGACAAUGAUCGAAUUUACCAAGAGUUCAGGGAAGUUCACAUCUAUCUCGAGUUUCCAUCAAAACAAUCUGUCGUGCACUACAUCGCCAGAACUGUCGGAUAGUAAGAACGUCAUCACUGAGAGUCAAAGCACUAGGCAAAAUGUAAAGACGCCACCACCGCCGCCUCCAAGAUGGGCCAAGCCUGGGAUCAAUCAAAAUCAGAAUAACUUUACCGUGACUACAACGGUGACAUUCAAUGUGAAUCAGGGCAACAGUUUGAACAUUUCGCAGCAAAACACACCGUCAGAUCCCAAUACGUCAUUGCUGAGUCCUCAAUCUAACAAAUCUCUCAAUUCCAACUUUUCCAUCAAAUCACCCCUGUCGCCUACCACUCCAGUCUUAUCUCCCAUCUCGAAACUAAUUCCAAAAACACCCAACGUGCUCUCUCCAAAUACUCCUUCUAGCACCAGUAAAUCGAAAAGGCGACGUGAUCGCGAAAACCGAAAGAACUCUCAACACUAUCAGGAAUCGGAUAUCUUGGACUCGUAUUAUCGCAGCUCGCCAGCCGAUAAGAUUUCCGAUUAUGAAGACAUCUGGAACACGACUGACCAAUCGACACAGUCGACCUGGAACGACCGAUUGAAAGAUAAUAGAAUCGCUUAUACUCCGCAGGACUGUAUGAGAAAUUCGAAUGACCGUUUAAUGAGUCUCAGAGAAUCCGAAAAGAACCUUAAUGAAAGAUUACCAACAGGAGACCAGAUGGUUCUAAAGAGUGACAAGUUUAUCUUAAAGAAUGAUAAAAUGGGGUACAAAGAAAUGAUGAGUCCGGAAUUCAGUAGUUUUAAACCUAUUCCGGAAAUGAAAAGUUCUGACCAAAGUUCGCCAGAGGAGACUGGUAUGGGGAAAAGGCCCGAUCUGCUAUCUAGAGUUUGCAGCGCCAACUCGUUGAACAGCCCCAGCACGGUGACACCUCCGAGAAACAAAUUGGGCUUAGUUUUAGCAAAAUCAGAGAACAAUAGUCCUCAGACUCCCGAAUCGACGAGCAGUCCGUUCUAUGCGGAACCAGCCGAUUUGCUGUACCCAGAACUGCUGAAGUCACCAGACACAUGUGAAUCGUUAUACAGUGAUCGAAAUUCAUCGUAUGAUAAUGUGGAAAAGCGAAAUGUGGAGCGCGAGGACACGCCAGACUCACGGAAAGAUCGCACAUACGAUCCUUCCGAGUGGGAAACUAUGCUAGAUACAGAUGUAGAAAGUGAUGUGGAAAGAAUCAAACGGAAUAAGAGUUUUAAGGAACGAUUGGAUCCUCUUUUGUCACCACCACGGGUACAAGCACUUUCGAAAAAUCGCGAUCAACCAAACGGAACUGGAGCGUCUAUUAGAGCUUACGCUCUUCAACUUGCGGCAGACAAGACUACAACCUUCUCCCAAAACAUUGACAACUUUAUUCAAUGCACGCGAGAGAGCAAGGAAGCGAUACCACAUGUGGUGAUGCGCAAUAUGCGGCAGUUCAUGUCAGGAAUGAAGAAUUAUCUAGUGAAGCAUGGGGAACGCGGGUUUGAGAGGGAAGUGGAAAAGGAACGAUUGAAAUUGCGACCGAAUGAAUUUCUCAAUCUUGACGCGAUUCUCGAGGAUGUGAUGAUGGGUCUGGUGGUAAGGCCCCUUCGAGAGCAUGUAUGCCGACUGUUUAUCGAGCACUAUUUCGCUACCGGAGCGUUGCAGACUUUAGCGGACAAUAUCCAGCACGCUCAGGGAAAGACUAUUCACGAUCUUGGUGUUCAAUCGAAAAUCGUACCUCCUUCGGAAGAGAGUCUGGACCGUAUUUUGAAAUGUAUCGAGCGAUUACAGAGAGCCGACUCUCCACUUGAAAAACUGGAGCAUUUGUUGGCAGCUAUUUCAACCAUCUUCAACUCUGUGAAACAAGCUAACAUGGGCAGGCAUAUUACAUUGGGGGCCGACGAUCUUCUGCCGUUAGUAAUUUGGGUUUUGGUACGCGGUAAAGUGGUAGACGCGGAAAUCGAAGCUGAAUACAUGUGGGGUCUGCUGCAUGCUUCUCUUUUGAGUGGCGAGGGCGGGUAUUAUUUAACAACGCUAUCGAGUGCAGUACACGUUUUAAAGACUUUCAAGUCUAGCCAGAGCACCAUUUCCACAACAAAUGGAUGUGGGACACCAGACUGUUCGUCUGUAUUGCGGAUCUUAGUACCAGAUGAAUUGCACGGUUCCUUAAAUACGAGAACACUUCCAGUGCGACCCAACAUGAAUACUAGAGAAAUCUGCCGCAUUCUUGCGCAUAAGAUCAGAUGCACAAAUCCUCAAGACUAUGGGCUCUUCAAGUUGGUGCAAGGAGAAGAAACAUUGCUCGGAGAUCAUGAGUGCCCACAAGAGCUCUCUCAUUGCCUUUUUGCAUACAAACGAAUUGACGCCAAGAUAGCAUGGCCCAAGACCAGUUCUUAAGAAUAGAAAAAUAUUCUAUUAAUUUAAAAUUAGUCUCGAGACAUCUCUGACAUGAGUCGAUACACAUUUUCCAAGGUACAAGUAUUACAUGAAAAUUUAUAGGAAAGUGCAGUAUUUUUUCUGCAAAAACAUCUUUCAAGAUUUCGAAUUAUUGAAUUAUUCAAUAUUGUCUAACACUCUCAAGGAUUUCUGUUUAAAAUAUAUCAAUAGAAAUCCUCUUAACACUGCCAUUUUCAUGAAACAUUUAUUAUAAGAAAAUAAAUAUAAGUAAAUGAGAAAAUUUGUAUCAUUCAUGAAAACAAUUUGGGUACUUAACCGCGAAGAAAAA